AUGUCCCUGCUGCGUGGGCUGGAGCAGCCCGCCAAGGCUCUGGGCCGGGGAUGCUUUUCCACCAGCACCGGACUCCAGGCGGCUGCCCCUGCCCUGGCGAAGACGGCAGAGAAGGGUUUCCUGUCCGGCCUCUUCGGUGGCUCCAACAGGGUGACCACCCCCCUCACCGACCCCCUGCCCGGCGUGCAGCUGCCCACCCCCGCCCCAGCCCCCUCCUCCCGCCCUGAGACCCACAUCACCACCCUCUCCAACGGCGUGAAGGUCGCCAGCGAGAACACCCCGGGUGCGACGGCCACCCUUGGCAUCUAUGUGGAGUCUGGGAGCGUGAAUGAGACCCCCGCCAACUCUGGCGUCUCCCACCUGCUGGAGUACCUGGCCUUCAAGUCCACGGCGCACCGCACCCACCUGCGCCUGGUACGCGACGUGGAGGCCCUGGGCGCCAACGUGCUGGCCUCCGCCUCGCGCGAGCAGAUGGCCUACACCAUUGACCUGCCCCGCACGCUGGUGCCCGAAGCCCUGGAGGUCCUGGCCGACGCGGUGCUGGCGCCGCGCCUGGCGCCGCACGAGGUGCGGGACGCCGCCGCCAAGCUGGAGGCCGACCUGAAGGGCCUGGCCGACAACCCGCAGCUGGCGCUGCUUGAGGGCCUGCACGCCGCCGCCUACUCGGGCGACCUGGGCAAGCCCCUGAUCGCGGCUGAGGGGGCCGCGGCGCGCCUCACCCCGGCAGACAUCGCCGACUUCCUGGCGGAGAACUACACCGCGCCGCGCAUCGUGCUGUCCGGAGGCGGCUCCGCCUACACCGGCGGCGAGUUCCGGCGCGCCGCCCCCGGCGGCCUCACCCACGCCAUCCUGGCCUUUGAGUUUGCCGGCGGCUGGCGCGACGUGCAGGGAUCGGUGGCGGCCACCGUCCUGCAGUACCUGCUGGGCGGCGGCGGCUCAUUCUCCGCCGGCGGCCCGGGCAAGGGCAUGCACAGCCGGCUGUACCGCCGCGUGCUGAACCAGCACGGCUGGGUCAGCAACUGCACCGCGCUGUCAUCCAUCUACAACGACACGGGACUGGUGGGUAUCUUUGCCUCCGCAGACGCGGACCGCGCCGACCACCUCGUCCGCGUGCUGGCCGACGAGGCCGCGGCCUUGGUGUCGGACCUGAAGGACGGCGAGGAGCUGGAGCGUGCCAAGGCCGCCGCCCUGUCCUCUGUGCUCAUGAACCUGGAGAGCCGCGCGGUGGUGGCCGAGGACAUCGGGCGCCAGGUGCUGACCUACGGCAGCCGCAAGCCCGCCGCCGAGUUCGCCGCCGCCAUCCAGGCGCUCACCGCCAAGGACCUGAAGGCCUCGGUCAAGGCCGCGCUGGCCAAGCCGCCCACGCUGGCCACGCUGGGCGACGUGGCGCGCGUGCCCUCCCUGGAGGCCGUGCGCAAGCACCUGGCUUGA